AUGGCUGUUCCAGGCACUCAGAUCUCCAAGCGCAGAAAGUUCGUCGCCGAUGGCGUCUUCUACGCUGAGCUCAACGAGUUCUUCCAGCGCGAGCUGGCCGAGGAGGGCUACUCCGGCGUCGAGGUCCGCGUCACCCCCACGGUAACCGACAUCAUCAUCCGCGCCACCCACACCCAGGAGGUCCUCGGCGAGCAGGGACGCCGCAUCCGCGAGCUCACCUCCCUCAUCCAGAAGCGCUUCAAGUUCCCCGAGAACUCCGUCUCCCUCUACGCCGCCAAGGUCCAGAACCGCGGUCUCUCCGCCGUCGCCCAGUGCGAGUCCCUCCGCUACAAGCUCCUCAACGGUCUCGCCGUCCGCCGUGCCUGCUACGGUGUCCUCCGCUUCAUCAUGGAGUCCGGCGCCAAGGGUUGCGAGGUCGUCGUCUCCGGCAAGCUCCGUGCCGCCCGUGCCAAGUCCAUGAAGUUCACCGACGGCUUCAUGAUCCACUCCGGCCAGCCUGCUAAGGACUUCAUCGACUCCGCCACCCGCCACGUUCUCCUCCGCCAGGGUGUCCUUGGUAUCAAGGUCAAGAUCAUGCGCGGCUCCGACCCCGAGGGCAAGGCCGGUCCCCAGAAGACCCUCCCUGACGCCGUCUCCAUCCUCGAGCCCAAGGAGGAGCAGAGCGUCGUCCAGCCCAUGUCCCAGGACUACGGUGCCAAGGCCGCCCAGGCCCAGGCCGCCGCCGAGGCGCAACAACAGGAGCAGCAGGAGGGUGGCGAGGAGGCCGAGGCCCAGUCGUAG